AUGCUACUGGAACACUUACAGUAUCUUGAUCUUGGAUUAUUUUAUCUUUCCGGAAAAAUCCCAUGUCAAAUUGGGAAUCUCAAAAAGCUACAAUAUCUCAGCCUUGGAAGUAACACUCCUCCGCACAGAAGGACAAUGCCAAACUAUGCUUCAAUUUCACUUUCUGGUGCAUUCCCUUUUCGCGUAGGGAAUCUUCCGUUCUUGCAUACUCUUCGACUAGUUGGAAAUUUCGAUAUAAAAGCUAAGGAUGCCCACUGGCUGUCUACUCUCCGUUCCUUAACAACUCUUGAGCUGAGUUCAUUGCAUAGUCUUAGUUCCUCUCACCACUGGCUACCAAGUAUUAGUAAGUUCAUUCCAAACUUAACAAAGUUGAGGCUAAUAAAUUGUGAUCUUUUAGAUAAUGAUAUUCAAUCUUUGUUCCUUUCUCAUUCUCCUAACUUUUCCAGUUCUCUUAACAUCCUAGAUCUAUCUUCUAACAUCUUGACAUCAUCCACACUUCAACUCUUGUGUAACUUUAGCCUUCAUCUUCAGGAGCUUUAUCUUCCUCACAAUAAUAUAGCUCUAUCACCAUCUCUGUGUCAAAAUUUCCCAACUCUUAAGAUCCUCGACCUCUCUUAUAAUAAUCUAGUGUCUUCAAUGUUUUUAGGGAAUUUUAACAUCAGCUUCAAAUUGCAAGAGCUUCAUGUUGUAAACUGCAUUAUUAUAGAUAGCAGUUUCCUUGUUUCUUCGGCUUCUACCAUGAAUUCUUUGUCUUCUCUUCUCUACCUUGAUCUAUCAGAUAACUUAUUAAACACAUGCUUUGUAUUUCACUGGCUUUCUAACUUCACUACCAAUCUACGCACCCUUUACCUUGAUUAUAAUUUCUUGGAAGGUCCCAUUCCAGAUGAAUUUGGGAAAGCGAUGAACUUUCUUGAAUAUCUUUCGCUCUCCAAUAACAAACUCCAAGGCAAAGCUCAGUCUUUCUUUGGGAUCAUGUGCAAAUUACAGAGCUUAGACCUCUCAGUAAACAAGUUGAAUGGUAAAUUUCCAAGCUUUAUUCAAAAUUCAUCACGGUGCAACAUAGACAUCAUUCGAGAGUUGAAUUUAUCUUAUAACCAAAUUAGUGGCAAGAUACCUAAUAGCAUCAAAAUGUUAUCUGAGUUGGAGAUUUUGUCAUUGGAGGGGAAUUCUUUGGAGGGUGAUGUCACUGAAUCUCAUAUUUCUAAUUUUUCCAAAUUGAAUUACUUAGACUUGUCACACAAUUCAUUGUCUCUAAAAUUUGUCUCUGGUUGGAUUCCUCCUUUUCAAUUAAGUUACUUGCGUCUUGCAUCUUACAAACUAGGUCCGAGGUUUCCUAGUUGGCUCAAGUCCCAAAAUUCCUUAUUCCUAUUAGAUCUAUCUGAUAAUGGGCUGAAUGAUUCAGUACUAGACUCAUUUUGGACCAAGUUGCGAACUCUGUACACUUUGAAUGUUCUCACAAUAAUCUCAUUGGUUCAAUUCCUAAUAUGA